AAUCGGUCAUGGCAAUUCCCCGGUGCGCUUUCUUGCCAAGCUUGACUGACUCCAGCCCGGCAUCCAGCUCCACUGCGAUCGCCAACGACCAUGUCAAGCACCCUGUCAAGCAUCAUUCUAAAAAAAAAGCUUGAGAGGGGAAAUCAGGGAAAUCAUAGAGCAAGCUGGUGGGCGCGUGGAUCCAGCGCGGACCUCGGCGGUUCUGGGGAUGCCCAGCGUGCUGCUGUAUUCCUGCUUCUUCUCGGGCUUUGCUGCUGCAGGAAAAAUAAACAGGAUGCGGCGUGGAAAACCCGAAAAGCACGUUCGAGAGUGUUCUCUGGCAUGUGGCAGAACCGCGCUAGACCGCAUGAAGCAUUCCGGAGGCGCCUUGUUCCGUGGCGCUUCUUAGCGAUGGGCGCUAGCAGAUGCGCUACUGCCCUGUAUUUGCCUCUGUGCACCCGCAGGCAAAUAGCGAGCCAGGGCAGAGAUUUGUUUGGGGAGGGGGAGCAGCAGCCGAGCUGUGGCUGCACCGCUGCCCUGAAGGCGCUCUUCAGCCGCCGAAAACCAUGGCGCUAGGCGCUACAGGGCACUAGUCGAGGCCAAAACGGGCAUGACAGCGACACCAAAAGGGACGAUGUAUUCCCG